AAUCAACAACAGCCAGAUCAUCAACCGAUAAUGUAAAAAAUGAUCAAGGAAACCUGCAUGUUGAUGUAGAAAAUGAUCAAGAAACACCUAUGGAUAUAGAUAAAGUCGAUGAUUUUCAGGACAAUGAUGAAUAUUAUAGAACGUCUGAUGAUAACAAUUGA